AUGGCUUCCAAACCAACAAUCCUCCACAUCGGCGACCCGAUCAAGUAUAACCACGACUUCUACAACAAUGAAUUCUGCGCCCGUUUCAACGUCAUCCGAGCAACAGAAACAAAUCGAGCAGAAUUCAUCGAGGCAAUGAGGUCUAAUAAAUACGGCAACUUCUCAGGCAUCUUCCGCCCGCACUUCCAAACAGGCGGCUUCAUGGGCCAAUGGGACUCCGAACUGAUCCCUCUCCUACCAGAAAGCGUACGAAUUUUCGCCUCUGCAGGCGCAGGCUUCAACUGGGCAGAUGUCGACAUCCUUGGCCAGCGCAAGAUUUGGUACACCAAUGGGGCCGGGGCUUCCGACGAAGCCGUCUCUGACACAGCCCUAUACAUGAUUCUCAGCGUUUUCCGCAACUUCACGCAUUCGCAGCUUGCAGCUCGAACAGCUGACCCGGAAAUAUUCACGGCAACGCAUAAGCUUAUUGCGACAAUCUCGAAGAAUCCGCGUGGUCAUGUUCUUGGCAUCGUUGGGUUUGGCAAUAUCAGCAAGAAACUUGCGUAUAAGGCUCGUAUGGCGCUGGGGAUGAAGAUUCAUUAUUUUGAUAUUGUGAGGGCUUCUUCUUCUGAGGAGGCGGCGCUUGAUGCGGUUUAUCAUGAGUCUUUAGAUGCGCUGUUGAAGGUCGCUGAUUGUGUGACGCUACAUACGCCGUUGAAUAAACACACUGAGGAUCUGAUUAAUGCAAGGGCUUUGGCAUUGAUGAAGCCUGGAAGUCGCAUUGUCAAUACUGCGCGAGGACCGAUUGUGAAUGAGGAUGAGUUGAUCGAGGCGCUGGAGAGUGGUCAUCUCUCUGCGGCUGCGCUGGAUGUGCAUUACUAUGAGCCGCAGGUUUCUCCUAAAUUGGCCAGCAUGGAGAAUGUCACUUUGACGACUCAUAUUGGAGGUGGUGCGAUUGAUACGCGGAUCAACUUUGAGUUGAAUGCUAUGAAGAAUAUUCUGGCAGUGGUGGGUCCAGACGGUGGAUUCGCCGGGGCUCCUUUAACUCCUGUCAAUACGAAGGCUUUCGAGAGUGUAGCCUAG